AUGAAUAAGGUUUUUGCCGCCUUUUGGUACUUCGGCAUCCUCCCCCUCCUCUCCUGUACCACUACCAUCCCAACCACCACCACCACCACCUUCGAAAACCAUGAGAGCCUCUCACGGCCUCAAUCCGCCAAGAAAGCUAAGAAAGUAGGGACGAAAGCGAAACAACAACAACAACAAAAUCAAUCUUUUGAGAAGGAGUUACAAGAAAUACAAGAAAAGCUUCAACAGUUGAGGAUCGAGAAGGAGCAAACUGAGGAGCUAUUGAAGGCAAGAGAGGAGACUUUGAAGAUGAAGGAGGAGAAGCUUGAAGCAAAGAGGAAAGAGCGAGAAAAGCUUCAGGCGAUGAAUAAGGUUUUUGCCGCCUUCUGGUACUCCGGCAUUCUCCCCCUCCUCUCCUGCACCACCACCACCACCACCACCACCUUCGAAAACCAUGAGAGCCUCUCACGGCCUCAAUCCGCCAAGAAAGCAGGGACGAAAGCGAAACAGAACAGUAAACAGAACAGAGAGAAAGACCUAGAAAAGAAAGACGGGAAGAAGAAAUGUUUCCCUCAGUGGAGGAAGAGCAAGAAAGAAAAGGAUCAGCAACCAAUGUCUCCGUUUUUGGCGUUCACAACUGAAGCCAUGAGGCUGUUGGAGGAAGAGCAGCAUCUUCAGUUGAAAAAGAAAAAAAAGGAUCCAUUGAAACUGAAGACAUCUAUGGAGGAUAAGACAUCUAUGGAGGCCAGGCUCAGGGCAGAGCGUGCUGCAGUAGAGAGAGCAACUGCGGAGGCUCGACAGCGUGCUUUCCAAAAAGUAAUAGCUGAGGAGGCUGCUUUUGAGGCUCGAAAACGUGUUGAAAGAUCAGUGGCUAAUAAGUCCUCUGCUUGUUACAAAAAUGGUGGAAUGAGACAAAACUCUUCGUUUUCUGUGAGUAUACCCUUCAAUGAUGUGAUUUAUGAAGUGCUUGCCUAA